UUUAACUAUAUUAUCUCAAAUUUUUAUUGGGUGUAGUGUGAGUGUUCUGUAUUAAUUGGAGUUUAAUUGGCUAGAAUUAUGUGAUUGGUGUAUUAGUCAGGUGACUUUUGCCUACUUUGCAUUAUAGUAUGUGUAUCACAGUUCAAGGUUGUUUAGUGAAGAAAAUGUAAAACUUUAGUUUCAUUUAGAAUAUGCUUUUUUGUAUCUUUCUUUACUACUGAAAUGUUUUAGAACUAUUCACUUUGCAAACAUUUUUUUAAUUUUCACUUUUCAAUAUAAAAGUAUUGUUUAGAAUUUUCUUGCAACAUCAUUUCCUGAAAAAAUGGCAGGCUUGAGUACACAAGUUUUCAAACAAGUUAUAUGUGUUCAUCAUAUUUACAAUGGUGCUAAGAGAUUUGCAUCAAGAAUUGGGUUUAUAGGAUUAGGCAACAUGGGAGGUUCUAUGGCCAAAAAUUUAAUUGUGAAGGGCCAUCGAUUGUCUGUGUUCGAUACAAAUCCGCAGGCAGUUGCAAAUUUAGUUGAAGAAGGGGCCAUAGCACUCCGAAAUCCAGCAGAUAUUGCUAAAAAUGUGGAAUGUGUAAUCACCAUGUUGCCUAAUACAUCUCAUGUUUUGGAAACUUAUCAGGGGGAGAAUGGGAUUUUUCAGGGUAUUAAAGCUGGAACACUGUUAAUAGACAGCAGUACAAUUGAUCCUAGUGUUCCGAAGCAAUUAUCUUCACAAGCAAAAAAUCAAGGAGCUGUAUUUCUUGAUGCUCCAGUUUCUGGAGGUGUGAAUGCAGCUAAAGCUGGAAGCCUCACAUUCAUGGUCGGAGGCCAGGCUGACGAAUUUGAGCCAGCUAAGGAAAUUUUAUCUUGCAUGGGAGCUCGAGCUGUGUAUUGUGGACCUUCAGGUUCAGGACAGGCUGCCAAAUUAUGUAACAACAUGCUACUUGCCAUUAGCAUGAUUGGCACUGCAGAAGCUAUGAAUCUUGGCAUUAGGCUAGGUCUCCAACCCAAACUAUUAGCAGAAAUUUUCAACAGUAGUACAGGUCGUUGCUGGUCAUCUGAAAUGUAUAAUCCUGUCCCUGGAACCAUGGAAAAUGUACCAAGUGCAAAUAAUUAUGAGGGUGGCUUCGGGACAAAUCUCAUGGUGAAGGACCUUGGCCUUGCUCAAGAUGCAGCUACUAGAACUCAAACACCUGUUAUGUUGGGCUCUCUUGCUCAUCAGACAUACCGUAUUAUGAGUGCUCACGGCUUUGGCAACAAGGAUUUUUCUUCUGUUUACAAAUAUAUUCAAGAGAUUGAGAAAAGCCGUUGAAAUAAUAUUUGGCUAUUUUUCUUAAUAUCCUUGUUGGUAUGAUGGAUGUGUAAUGGAAACACAGUUAUUGUAUUGAAAUAUAUGUAACUAAUGAAAUUUAUUGAAUGCAGGCCAAGAAAAUGUAUUAAAUAUUCGUUACAAAAGAACUUUUGGCUUUGAAUUCAUUUUUUCUUAACCUGUCUUAACAUUUAAAACAGACUGGAACAAAAUAGCACAUUAGAACAAUUAAAAAUCUGCAAAUUUCUAGAUUAAAAUGUCAUUCAGUUGUGUUAUUUUCUCUAGUGCCAAAAAUGUAACCAUAUCAACUAUGGCAGUGAAUUGUAGUUUCUUAUUUUAAUUACAAAAGUUUGUUUUUAUUCAUUAAAUAUUCAAAAUGGUAUUCUGAUAAUGCUGUAUUAUUGAUUCUUAGGGAUGAAUCAUUAUCUCAAAGCUGUCAGAAUCUAUUUCCAAGGUAAUUAGGAUAUUAUGGCUUGUAAAAGUCUGAAUGUAAUUAUGCACCUAAAGGUCUAUGAACCACAGAAUGUCAGUGAAUCAUGUUUUACUAAAUAAAUACCCAAUUUCA